UGCUCACUCGUCUUGUUUUUUUUUUUUCUAAAUCAGUAGCCGGCUCGUAGAAAUGUCCGCCAGACCGGGAUUUUACCGGCAGGAGCUGAACAAGACAGUGUGGGAGGUACCGGAGCGGUACCAGAACCUGACGCCGGUGGGCUCCGGAGCUUACGGCUCGGUGUGCUCGGCGUACGAUGUGGUCUUGAGGCAGAAGGUCGCGGUGAAGAAGCUGUCCAGGCCCUUUCAGUCCCUGAUCCACAGCCGCCGCUCGUACCGGGAACUCAGGCUGCUCAAGCACAUGAAACACGAGAAUGUAAUAGGGCUGCUGGACGUCUUCACACCUGCUGCGACGUUAGAAGACUUCAACGAGCUCUACCUGGUGACUAACCUGAUGGGCGCAGACCUCAAUAACAUCGUCAAAUUUCAGAGGUUGUCAGACGAGCACGUGCAGUUCUUAAUUUACCAGCUCCUCCGUGGCCUCAAGUACAUCCAUUCAGCAGGAUUGAUCCACAGGGACCUCAAGCCAAGUAAUGUGGCAGUAAAUGAGGACUGCGAGUUGAGGAUCCUUGACUUUGGAUUGGCCAGGCAGACGGAUGAUGAGAUGACGGGUUACGUGGCGACUCGAUGGUAUCGCGCGCCGGAGAUCAUGCUGAACUGGAUGCACUACAAUCAGAACGUUGAUAUCUGGUCAGUGGGAUGCAUUAUGGGAGAGCUGCUGAAGGGAAAAGUCCUUUUUCCUGGCACUGACUAUAUUGACCAGCUGAAGAGAAUCAUGGAGGUGGUUGGGACUCCGACGCCAGACCUGCUGAAGAAGAUCUGCUCUGAACAUGCGCAGAAGUACAUCCAGUCUCUGCCCUUCAUGCCCCAACAAGACCUGGAAAAGAUCUUUAGAGGAGCGAAUCCACUAGCCGUUGAUCUAUUGAAGCGAAUGCUGGUUCUGGACUGCGAUGGGAGGAUCUCGGCCAGUGAGGCUCUGUCCCAUCCCUACUUCUCACAGUACCACGAUCCGGACGACGAGCCAGAGGCCCCGCCUUACGACCAAACGCUGGAGAGCAAAGACCGAACUCUAGAGGAAUGGAAAGAGUUGGUCUUUGAAGAGGUGAGCAGCUUCAAAGCACCUGGCAGCAAGACCGACAGCCUUCAGGUGGAGCAGUAGGUCUGCUGCUCUGCCUCAUCCUCCACCUGAAGAAGGACCAACGGAUGCGAGAAAGACUUGGGAGAAGCAACUGAAGGAAGCGACUGACUGGCUGUCGGGAGUUUGUCCGAGCAGCAAAGGGCAGGACGGUCUCGGUGGGAUCAGAUGCACACAUUACAAUUACAGGGAGUAUUUUAGAGUCAAAUAAAAAAAAAAAAGGAUCUCUCCGGCGAGGAAAGUUGCCUCCUUUUAUGUCUCUGCUCACCGAGGGGGGGAAAUGAGGAGCCAUCAGGGAUCGCAGAGGGCGUGAGGAUUCAUACCAGGGAGCAACUUUAAGCAACUGAACUGUUUACAGACUGACAGUAAGUUAUCAAAGGAAGGAAAGAAAAAAAAAAAUGCACACUAGGAUUUCCAAAGCAACGACAGGAACGCUGUCUCAUCCCCCAUCCGGACGAAUGCCGUGAUGCUUUUCAUAUAUGGAAUUCAUGUUUAAAGGCUUGCAGCAGUGUCAUUUCACGUCACAGAAGAGCUUCGCAUUUAGCCUGCAUACUACUGAUGCAUGAUUUAUGUGCAUUUUAUUGUUACAGCAUAUUACUGGUACUGUAUUAUAACCAUUGAGACUGCGUACUGAGUCUGGCGACACUGGUUUCCAACCAGUCAGAGGGCGCGAAAGAGGCAUCACCAGGAAAAUGUGACCAACCUGUUCUGUCUUUAUACUUUCCAUUAAACACUAGCUACUGUUCUUCCGUGGAUGAAACUCAUCCUCUCCUGCUUACAGAAUCGUAAACACCAACUGUGCUAUUAAUUAGCAAGUAAUUAAUAUACGCCAAAGCUGGAACAGAGUGACUGUGCUGCAGGUCUGUGUUUACAGUGAGGCCUCGCUUCUCAUAUACGGUUUCCGCUGAUGGCUGAUUGCGGAUCUCCGGUUGGCUUUGGCGCCGCUCCAUCGGGUUUCCGUACUCCUCUGCUGUGUCUUAGUACAGGCCCCUGUUUGUGUUUACAAUAAUUACAGACAUUUUGUAAACUCUCAGAAACUAUCCCCCCCCACCACCACCAAGAAGCUGCGUAACAAUGCCGGGUAAUAAUCUGUUAUACAACUUGUAGCUCCGUCCAUGCAGCGACAGGUCAAACAUCACACAGGCUGAUGAUUCACACCGAGCAGCAAUAUUUGGCUGCUUGCAGCUUCCAGGGAGCUCAUUCUUUAUUUUCAUGGUAUUUGUUUAGUUUAUUAUAAAAGAAAAAAACCCAUCCAGACUGCACACGUUCAUUACUGAGCGCAGGAUUACAGCAACUGGCCGUGUGCUUUACCUCGAAUGCGUAUAUUCCAGCUGCAGUUUACAGCUUAGUGCAACAUUAGCGUAGCCCGAAUCAUGUUACGCAACGCCCCGAGAAGCACGAGCUCAAUGCAAAUGCGGAUCAUUGCGUCAAAUGGCUGACUUCCCCACUGAUGUGUCAUUGAUUUUGCUGCAGACUGGAGUUUUUUUAGUUCUACAAACAUUUUUUUUUUUUUUUUUUUGCUGAGGUAGAAAUCCUCUGGUUGUGUUAAACCACAGUGUGCAGAGCCAACAAACCAGUGUGAUGCUAAGGGUCAGUGAAGAUGUGGAAACUACUGUAGCGCUGGUAGCGAUCGCUAUUAUUUUGCUGAGUUUAAUUCAGGUCUUGGGUUAGUAACAGCACAGGGACGUUUUCGGCCUCAGAGCAUGUGUGCUUUUAUUCAAUGUCCAUCCAGUGCAGCUGAACAGCCACAGAUCAGUUCCCUCUACUCAACUAGUUCCCAGUUUACAAGGUGUGAACAAUACAGAGUAUAGAAAACCUGCGUUCCUCCCAACGCUAAAACCAGAAAGUUAAAAAACAAGUCCUCCAAUUUGGAAAUCAGACGACAAGAAGGCUGCAACAUGUGAUUCAAAGCCCUCAGUUACUCAAUAAAGAGAAUUCUUUUACCAGGCAUAAAUGGAGAAGUGGUGCCACUGUGUGGGGGGAAAAAUUCAAAAAUAAAACCUCAUGCCUGACACUCCAGUUCAAUAGAGGUAUAAUUAUCUACAUAUAAGAUGAUCAGGAAGAAGAGUAAAGCCAGCGGACAUUUUCGGGGAUAAAAUGUUGAUCAAUCAGAUGCUGGUUUAUAUAUCACAUAUAUUACUGCUGCCGAUGAAUGUUAAACUCAAUCUGAGUGUCUGUAUCUAGACACAUGUUGGAUGCUACUGGUGUAAAGCCAGUGGUAGAAAAUACUGUAUUCAUGAACAGUUUUAAGUUAUACUACUCGUAUUGAAGUAUUUCUAUUUUCUGAUACUUUACACUUGCAGUCAACUACAAUUCAGAGGCAAAUAUUGUAUAUUUUGCUCCACGACAUUUAUUUUAGUUAUUUUGCACAUUUAUUUAAGCACAGAUGUAAUCAACAGUACAUUAUGAUGUCAUAUUAAAGAUUCCUAAAAAACUUUAUUGAUCCCUGAGGGGCAAUUUACAAGCUACCUAUCAGAUAAACUAUAUAAAAUAUAUAAAUCACCUUUACCAGCUUCAACAUUAACGUAAUAAGCACAUUAAUGAAUCAUUAAUCACAGUCGAAUAAUAGAAUGAACAGUUUUGUGGAUUAUGGCUCCUACAUGGGAAAUACUUUUGGUUAUUUAAGUAAAUUUUGAUGCUAAUACUUCAAGGCUAUACUUCUAGUGUUGGUACUUUUACAUGAGUACAAGAUCUGAGUACCUUUUCCAACUCUUUGUAAAGCCAUUUAAACCUUUUUAUGAAAAUUAGUUUGCUUAACUGACCCUCAAAUGCCAAUUAAAUAGUGCACUAGGUUAGCUAAAGCGCUACAGUGAAGCUCAAACUUUAGCUAAGCUAGCUAGCAAGGCUAAACUCCUGCGAGGUUUAAAUCAGUUGUAAUACUAAUAUAGUAGUACGAGUACAGAAUGGAAUACAAACAUGAUUUUGUGAUUUAAGGCUGCAGCUAUCAGAAAUAAAGUUCAGUAUCGGGCGUAUUUUGGGAGAUAAACGUAUGACGCUAGCUAUGCUAAACUGUGUUCUGUGGCUCCGUCCGCUCCAGUUUAACUCAGCCAGUGGAGAUUAUUUCUGCCUCACGGAAACAUUAACACAACCAACACUUCAAUUUACCAUUUAGGAAUCAUUUUCUGAGGAGCACGGGAGAGGAAAUGAACUGUCUUUUCCAUAUUGGAUCACACUGGAGCGCUACAUGUAGCCUGUUGUGCAAGUUGUUCACUGACGCUGGAUGCAAACCGUUGAAUUUACAGUCCAAACGAGUCGAAGCAGUGUGUCUCAGUCAAAGCGUGUUCGAGCUCUGAAUGUUCAAAGUGUUCUGUGCUUCUGUGGAUGUUGUACACGUGGUGGAUUUGAAUAGCAACUGCAAACUGAAUGUAUAUGUAUACUGUACGUAUGUAUGUUACAAGUUAGAGGUGACUUUUGAAUACAUGGUGGCAUGUGAUUCAGCCGUAGCCGUUUUCAGUUUUCACUAAAAAUGAAUGUCAGCUCUCACUUUGCAAAUGAUCCAGAUGAUUUUUUUUUUCUUCUCAUUCCUCAGCAGGUAACAUGACUUGGCAAGUUUUGGCUUCGACAGAAUAAACAUCAUUUCUGUUUGCCACCA